AUGCCGCGUAAACGUAAAAGUAGUAAAAGAUUAGGUCGACCUCCGGGUUCCAAAAACAAGAAAGCUAAGAAGAUAGAAAACCUAAUUAAAAUUGAAGGAGAUUCGGAUGAAUCUACACAGGCUGAUAACGUUUGUACUUAUUGCUCGCAAUCAUUUGAUACAAAAAUUAAUUUUAAUCGUCAUCGUAAAUCGUGUUUAAAACGAAUUACGCAAGAAGUUCAAACUGAACUAAAGCCUACAUAUAAUUGUAAGCAAUGCCACAAGAAGUAUCGAUUUAAGAAAAGCUAUACUAAGCAUCUUAGAGAUGAACAUUCAGAGGCACCAGGCAGCAUUCCUUGCUCACAGUGUUCUGUUGUAUGCCCUAAUCUUGAAGUUUUAACUAAACAUAUACAAAAUAUACAUGAAAGAGAGAUUUUUGAAUGUGAGCACUGUGGCAAAAAGUUUGUAAGACGUUCUCAUGUUCUACGGCAUAUAUUGCAAAAGGGUUGUGAUGGCAGAAAUGUUGCUGUAUACCCAUGUGAAAUUUGUGAAGCAACAUUUUCUAGAAAAGAUAAUUUAAUGGUACAUCUCCGUAUGCAGCAUAUACCAACUAAGUUUUUCAGCUGUAAAUUAUGUAGCUAUCAGACCAGAAACUUUUCAAAAUUAAUUGUCCAUAAUCAGUUAAAGCAUACAGAAACACCUCAAUUUGAAUGUGACCACUGUGGUAAAGUGACAAGUUCCCGUGGUGCUAUUGCCAAACAUUUGGAAAUUCAUGGAGAGAAAAAGUUUGCCUGUGAUGUGUGUGGCUACAGUACAUUCACGAUAGAGGUGAUGCGCCGCCAUGUGUUUACGCACUUACCAGAAAAACCAUACAAGUGCAAGAUGUGCGGUACCUCCUACAUACAAAAAGUGCAAUUGCAACGUCAUCUUCAAAAGCACGUCGGCAACCAAUGCUUGAAAUGCGGCGAAGCAUUCCAAACCAAAGCCAAGCUCUUAAUCCAUAGUCGGAAACAUAUGGGCCUAAACAAACUGCUUUGUCCAGUAGACAACUGUAUACAUGGUAAAAAGGAGUUUGCUAAUGAAGAAAGUCUUCAGUCCCAUGUGAAAAUGCAUUUAGAUGAUAAGCCGUUCGCGUGCGAGGUGUGCAGCAAGCGGUUCCACAACGAGGCGAACAUGCGGCGGCACACGAGCACGCACGCGCUGGAGCGGCCGCGGCGCUGCAUGUACUGCGUGGCGGCGCGCGCGUACGUGCGCGGCGAGCAGCUGGUGCGACACGUGCGCAAGACGCACCCCGCGGUGUUCCGCGAGCGACUGCUGCACGUGCGCAGCGUGCUCGGUUCCAACCCAGGAGUGGAAAGGGUGAAGAAGUCAGAGUUGGAGUCGAUCUUGAACGUUUUGGACGCGGAAUCUGACCGCAUCCUGGAGGGCUACGGGCACGGCGUGCUGUACGGCGGCCUGCAGGAGCAAGCCUCGGACGCGGAGGAGGAACAGACGCAGGAAGAGGAAUCAUCUCCGUUGAUGUCAGAAGAGGAACUAGCUGACAGUCUUAGAAAACUGCUGUCACAGCUCAUUGAUAAAGAAAUGUUGGAAUGCUUUGGGUGGCCUGAUGAGAGUGUUGAUGAGAUACUAGAAAAGGUGAUAGAAAAUUGUGGUGCUCGUACUGCGGACAAGCAGAAAUGGACUCGGGUGCAACGUCUGAGGGAGAACGCAAAGCAUCUCUUCUUAUACGUGAUAGAGGACAAGAACAUAGCGCGGAUGCUCGACACACACACCAUCGACCAGAUCGUCACCCACAUACUGGCUCAAGUCAGCCAGUCUGAUGAUGAAGAGGACUCCUCGGAUGACACGAACGAUAAUGUUAAGGCU